UGGCUGCCUGCCUGCCUGCCUGCGUGGCUGCCUGCCUGCCUGCCUGCCUGCCUGCCUCCCUCACCUGCCUCAUCAUGAUGUCGAUGAACAGCAAGCAGCCGUUCAGCAUGCACCCCAUCCUGCACGAACCCAAGUAUACGCCGCUGCACAGCAGCUCCGAGGCCAUCCGCCGGGCAUGCUUGCCCACGCCGUCGCUGCAGGGCAACAUCUUCGCCGGCUUCGACGAGACGCUCCUGCAGCGGGCGGAGGCGCUGGCCGCCGUGGACAUCGCAAGCCAGAAGAGCCACCCGUUCAAGCCUGACGCCACCUACCACACCAUGACCACCAUGACCAGCAUGACGUGCACGCCCACGUCGUCGUCGGCGCACCUGCACCACCCGUCCGUGCUCACCUCGCACCACCACCACCCGGCGGCGGCGGCGGCGCACCACCACCACCACCACCAGCCGGCGCAGGGCCUGGAGGGCGACCUGCUCGAGCACCUGACGCCCGGCCUUUCCCUGGGCGCCAUGACCGGCUCGGACGUGUGUUCCACGGCGUCGCACAUGAGCGCCAUCAACCACAUGCAGCACCACCACCACCAUCAUCAUCACCCGCACCACCCGCAGUCCAUGAACAUGCACGCGCACGGCCUGGCCUCGCACGGCUCCCUGGGGAGCGCCGCCGCCGCCGCCGCGGCCGCCGCCGCGGGGGUGGUCGUGGGCGGCGGGCCGGCGGGCGGCGGAGACGCGGAGCCCGAUCCCCGGGAGCUGGAGUCGUUCGCCGAGCGCUUCAAGCAGCGACGCAUCAAGCUGGGCGUGACGCAAGCGGACGUGGGUGCGGCGCUGGCCAACCUGAAGAUCCCCGGCGUGGGCUGCCUGAGCCAGAGCACCAUCUGCAGGUUCGAGUCGCUGACGCUGUCGCACAACAACAUGGUGGCGCUCAAGCCCAUCCUGGAGGCCUGGCUGGAGGAGGCGGAGCGGGCGCAGCGGGAGAAGAUGGCCAAGCCGGAGAUCUUCAGCGGCGGCGACAAGAAGCGCAAGCGCACGUCCAUCGCGGCGCCGGAGAAGCGCUCGCUCGAGGCCUACUUCGCCGUGCAGCCGCGGCCCUCCUCCGAGAAGAUUGCCGCCAUCGCCGAGAAGCUGGACCUCAAAAAGAACGUGGUGCGCGUCUGGUUCUGCAACCAGAGGCAGAAACAGAAGCGCAUGAAGUUCUCGGCCACGCACUAAAAACAACCGGCAAAGACAAAAGACGGGCUUAGGGAGGGGAUGAGAAAGGCAAGAAAAAGAAAAAGAAAAAGAAAGGCCCCUUUCACUUUGGAAAGACAAAUCAUGGAGCGGCUGCUAUGUUCGUGCCUCGACGAGACAUUUCAUCACCUCGAGUAAUGUGGGAGGUAACCAAAUACUUCGUUCCUCCACUACUUCAGGUAGCUAUCUGUUCUGCAAUUUUUUGCUUGACUACUUCCUGCUACUUGUACGUUACACCCAGUACUUUAGCAAAAUAGCUUCUUUGAAAAUAAACAACUUGCCCGUUACUUUUUUUUUUUUUUUUUAGGAGACAAACGAUGGCCUGGCUGCCAUGUUUAACGAAAUAUCAAGUUACUGUGCUGAAGUAGAUUUCCUGGCAACUGCACUUAAUUGUUUUUGGACCGUCCUUAUUUGAAAACAGAUCUGUGUACUUCGACUUUGGUCAAUCUUAGCGGAUGACGUCACAACUUCAUUGUUUUGUUGAAAUGACAUUACUGUCCUGGGAAGUAACUAAAUAGUUCGUUAUUGUAGGUACUUCCAUUUUUACUUGAUCUAUUUGAUUUGAUUAGUUUUCCCUCGAACGAUCAAGUCAUUUGACAAAAGAUACAGGCUAAUCAAAUAGUCAGAAGGUGGUUGGGUUCCAGGGACAGCAGCAAAACGGAUGAAGAUACAUUUAGGAGAAGCAAGAUAUUCCCCAGCCAUCACCGUAUUUAUGAUCAUUUCUGUCAGCUACAGGAGGGAUUUGAGGCGAAUGCAAUUUUUUUUAGGGUGAUGAUGUGUCUUGUUGAGAUGUUUUCAAAUGGGGAAAAAAAAAAGUGGAUAAGGGACUGGAGGAUGUGGAUAACAACGAGUGAAGGCACCAUGCUGGGACUUUUUCAUUCAUAUGGCAAUUAUUGUAUAAAAAAUACAAAAGACUCCCUUUUUUAUAUUUAUUGUUGUACAUAUUGUGUGAAUAGGCUGCACCAAUGUAUUGAAUUGUUUUUGUUGAUUAUUUUUGAUGAUAAUGUAAAAAAAAAAAAAAAAAAAGAGAGAGAGAGACAGCGCAAAAAAAAGCAUGUUUUUUUUUUUUUUUAAAUGGACGGAGGGCAAAGUUUUGUAACUUCCCAGCGCGACGAACGCAUCGCAAUAAGAAGAAGCAACACACUGUUGUGUCGUGGCUGUGUGUCUACCUCAUUACUACACGCACACACACACACCCUCAAAGUGUUCAUGGUGAUCUAACACACGCUCACAAAAAACAUUCUUUGGUUUUUGGAUGGUGGAUUCACAGUAGAAGGAGGAGUCACUGUAAAAAGCUCUCACCACAAUGAUGCUUUGACAAUCAAGUAUGACCAUCCAUUCAUUUGGAUUAUUCAUGAUUAUUUAUUCAACGGAGCGCACUUUGUAGAUACCAAACUUAUUUAUUUCAUUAUUUAAACAUGUCUCCCCACUUUUUUGUUUUGAUUGAAAAAGAAUUGAUUUGGAUUUUUGGGGAAAUGACAAUGAAUGGAUUUCCUUUGUGUUCUUCAAUAAUGAGUCUGUGUACAUGACAGAAGCUGAAAUAAAACGUGCACGUUUUA